UGCAGCAGCGAGGUUCAGUGAGAGGAAAACAAAACAAAGGAGCGUAGCGGCGCGGGCGCCGGGAUGCCUCGGCCACCUCUCAGUCCCGAGGGGAGGAGACACGGGCCCGGCCCCCGGCUCCCCUGAUGACCCUGGGCGCUGCAGCCGCCGCGGGGAAGACGCCCCUGAGCCUGGGGAGGGGGAAGGACCCCCCGGGCGCACGCAGAGCCGCCACCUGAGCGGGGCAUUAGGGGCCACGGCCACUAGACCCUCCCCUCGCCCCAGCUGGCAGCGACGGAGGCUGCUCUUUCCCCGUGCCAAGCCAGCCCCCCACGGAGGGAGGGAAGGGGGGCCACAGCUGCGUGGAACCCGCGGGGGUCCGGCCUGGGCAGCGGAGCCGCCGGUGAGUACCCAGCCCGCGCAGCGAACCAGGCGACAGCUCCCCCAACCCGAGGGACCCUCCCCCGCUUGGCCACCGCCGCCCCAGUCGGUAGCCAGCCGUGGCGUUUCCUCCCCGCGCCUCAAGGACCCGGCGGCGGCUUUCGGUGUCGGCGAGGCGGGAAGCAGAGGCAACUUUCCUGGCUUGGCCCGGCGGGCUCGGGCUCUAUUUAUAGCGCCUGGAAGUGACGGCAGAGCUGCCCCGGCCGGCUGCCGCCGCCGUGUUACCGGGCGGAUUGUGAGGCUUUGCAUUGCUCCGGGGGCAGCAGACCAGACGGCGCUGCGGGUCCAGAGGGCGGCUAGCCCCUUCCCAGCCGGGCUGAUCCCCGACCCCUUCGCCUCCCCCUGUCCCAGCGCCGCCCCUCCCAGCCUCCCCUGCUGGAGCGGGCUAACUCGGCCAAACCCCGCCGGCAGCCGCCUGCCAGCCGCGGGGCUUUGUUUGUAAACAGUGGGGACGCUUCGAGCCUUUUCCAAGGUCCUGUGGUGCGAUCCGAGGCAGGCCGCGGCGCACAGACGCUGUGGGGAUCGCUGCUGGGGCCGGAGGUCGCUUGGCCGGACUGCAGAGCCCUGACGGAUUAGGAUCCCCCCCUACCUUGCAUGCAAAGCCCUGUGAAAUCUCCCCCCUCCCCCACCUGCUGCUGCAUAACAGUGCCCAGGGCUGAGCGCGGGCAGGCUGCAGGCAGAGCAGAGCGUUUUCCUUCUCGCUGCUGCGGCGUCUAUGAAAAGUUACAUUGUCCUGUAAGCCUCGUAGAUACUGUUGCAAACGAAAAGCGGCACCAUUUACGGAGGUAACUUUGCGCGCUGAUACUGAGGAUGGAAACUCAUUUGCAAAACGAGCUUGAAAUGGGAACAGACGAAUAAUCGCUUACUAUUUAAAACUUUCCAGUAGGGAAACCAAGAUCGAUCUGUGGAGGUUGUGAUUGUUUCUCUUGUGGCAUCUGUGUGGAAAGUGCCACACACACUACAGAACAACAACGGCUUUUGCUUGCAUUUUCCAGUGUUUUUUUUGUCAGCGAGUUCAGCAAAGUUGUAAUUCUUCAAGUGCCAGCCCUGAGCUGAGUGAGGAGCCACCAGCAGAGAUGGUAAAAAUGACAAAAUCAAAAACGUUCCAGGCUUACCUGCCGAACUGUCACCGAACCUACAGCUGUAUCCACUGCAGAGCCCACCUAGCCAAUCAUGAUGAAUUGAUUUCCAAGUCUUUUCAGGGAAGCCAGGGAAGAGCCUACCUCUUUAAUUCUGUGGUAAAUGUGGGCUGUGGUCCAGCAGAGGAGAGAGUUCUUUUGACAGGUUUACAUGCUGUAGCAGAUAUCUAUUGUGAAAACUGUAAAACCACUCUUGGAUGGAAAUAUGAACAUGCUUUUGAGAGCAGUCAGAAAUACAAAGAAGGAAAAUUUAUCAUUGAACUUGCUCAUAUGAUCAAAGACAAUGGCUGGGAGUAAAUUAAAAGCAUUUUUUCACUCUGUUUGGACAAUAUUCUGUGGAACAUGCUUUAUAAAGACUAAUGCAAAUGAAAGGAGGAUUUUGGCUGAGGUAGCUCUGAGAAUAUCACUGAACUUUGCAACCUCACAAAUGAGUAGUGUAGUUUAUGUGGCUCUUUCAGGCCAUGUUUGCCUUUUUCUCCUUGUGUAAGUUCCCUCUUUUGUAUAUGUAUUCUUGUGUGAACAGUUGUUUUGGAACAUUUUGGAUGACCUUUUUCUAAACUCUCAAGUUCUAGAGAAACAGUUCACUAACUGCAAAUGAAUUUUACUGGUUAGCAUUUUUAUUUGACCUAUGCCUUUAAUGCUACCUUUUGCUGUGCAUGCUUCUUGCCUAAACACCUACACCAAAUCUAGCAGAAGACUGAUAUGAGUAGUCCUGAAGAAUGUAUGGGCUGGGGGUGUCUUUUUAUAUGUAGCAAUUUCUGAUAUCUCUGGCAGUGAAAGGGAUGCAGUAUUUAGAGUAUUCAUUAAUUGCUUUUUAAAAUUUGGGAGUACCAUAAUCUGUGUACAUCUUGCAGGCAAGUAAGUUAAAGGAACAGUGCUCAUUUAGAAAUCUUUUGGUUCCACUGACUCAUAUUAGUAGAUCUUAAGUUUUGCAAAAAAGAAUACAUUAAUGAUUCAGUAUUUUUAGUGCAACUAAUUUUCAAGAAUACUAAGGCAGUGAUACUGUAGAAUAUAUUUAAUCAACAUAAUUGCAUUCCUUAUCCAGCAAACUUGUGUCUUGAAGGGAGAAGUUGAUAAAAUUACAGCCUGCAAGAUCAAAGGGCACAAAAAUAUAUGCAUCUUGUAUUUAUAAAAAAUUAGUCAGUGUAAACAAGUUUUUGGUACUGUACCUUUUAACAGUAACAGGGACUUGUGCCUCAGUGAAGUUUUAUGGCUGGUUCCAUGUAGCUGUGUAGUCUAAUGCACUGGACAAAGAGGUUGUUAUAAAGAAAAUUCAUUGAAGUAUUCUGCUUUUGCUACACUUUAACAAAAAUAUAGUUAUUUUUGUGUGACAACAGGCCAGAGCUUAUGAGAUGGAAGUUAGUAACAGUACCUGCAGAAGAGUGGGGGUUGGUGGAUGGGCAGGAAAGUGUGAAGUUGACUUCAUUUCUUCAUAAAAUAGAAUAGCAAGAUAAUUUUUAAAAUAAAAAGGGGUUUGUUGGUUUGCUGGAUAAAUCAUCCCCAAAGACAUUUUCAUAAUAAAAUUUAUAUAAAGCUCACAUCCUUUCUGUUUUUUGCUUUUUUUUCCAGCUGCUUCUUAAUUGGAGUGACUUAGUAAGAAAGCCUUCUGUGGAGGUGUAUCCACAAAAUUUACUAUUGGGUUUUGUGCAUGCACUUUCCAGAGAGGUUUUAAAAAAAAUUAAUCUUGUGUCUUGUAUUAGUUGCUAUCUUUGUUAUCAAAUGAAAAGUAUUUGUGGAGGACCUUUUGAACUUAGCUCCCUUAAUGCUUGAGGACAAAGUGGUUGGCAACGUCUUUUACAUUAACACUACGUAAGUACUAUGAUGGAAUGAACAAUAUGAAAGCCUUACAAUAGAAUAGAAGUUAGUGUCCUUUUAGUAACUAUUUUAACAUGGCAUUUGUGAAGGUUGCAAUGUGUGCCAUUGCUGCUGCUGUUACAUUUUGGAUAAAUCUCUGACAGGUUUUCAAAACUCUACUGCACUUUAUUACCAGACAUCAUUCAUUUACAAGCAUGCCAAUGACUAGGAGCAAUACAGAAGCUCUACAUCAGGAGCUGUGAUAAUGAACCUACAGAACUUAAAUUUUAAAAAGUAGAAAUAGUAAAAACCCUUGGGUUUAAGUCCAAAGAACUGGUCUAGUACAACUGGGUCCAGUAUGGAUUUUGUGGGGUGGCUUAUACUGCUCCUCCAUAAUCAAGAAUUAGAUUGAACCCAGGAGUCCCCUUUAUCUGAAUGUCAUUGGCACGAGAUGGUCAUCUGGUGCUGCCAUCUGUUCAGUCUGAAAAAACCUGGAAUUCUGUUUUGUUUGGGCUAUUUUUCAGUUUUCCUCUAAUAUAAUGUCCAUUGCCAACAAUGAAAGCACCGAAACAGCUAUCAACAAGGAGUUUGUGUUGGCUUCAAAGCCUAAAUGUAACACCCAUGAAGAUGUCUAUAGGAAAUUUAUAUUUUCUUUGUCUGGCUACAGACUCAAGAAGAAUUACACUGAGUUGAAGAAAAAAACACCACGAUCCUUCACUAUAAAAAUGAGAGUACAAAUUUAAGGUUAAUUUUUUCUUUUUAUGAGAGAGAACAAUCUCUAGUAAUAUUUUAAAUAGUGGAUUUGGAUGUUUCCUAUUAAUGAGCGCUUUUUCUUUUUUAAACUAGAAAAGAUAUUCUUAUUUAGAUGCUCAACCUCUUUUUUCAGUGCAUUAUUUAUUUGUAUUUCAAACUGGAUAUUUUCACCAAAACCUUAAUUACCCUUGAUGCCAAAGGUUGGGAUUUCAUUAAGUGCUUAGCACCUAAAACUUCAACUACUGGCAUAAGGAGUUAAUGUGAGUUAUGUAUAAUGUUAUGGCUUUUAAGAGAACCAAAUAAAGCAAUAUUCUUAUUAGUCUUUUGAGGGGGGGUAAGAGGGAGUAGAGAAGGAGCUAUAACUAAUACAAAAUUCCUACUCCACACUACUAUGUAAUAAUUCUUUAUGCUUGCUAUGAUAUCUGGGAGUAUGUGAACCUUUUUUUCUUAUUGCUUGACUUGAGCAGUGAUUCUUUGAAACAAUUCUCCCAUUGUAAAGAUGUGGAGAGUUACGCCUAAUGGUUUUGGUGAAAGUUGGUUCCAGAUAUUAGUGGCUACUGGUUGAUGUGAAGAGGUCAGUCUGGUCACUGAACCUUCCAGCAGUACAUUAAAAAGAAAAACUUACUUGAAGAGAAUUCUACAAAGCAUUUUCCCUCUAACUUUUUUUUUUUUUU